GUUUACGAGCUAAAUUCGAGCCCGUGACGAACUAACGGACGCUUGGCGCACGAGCGAAUGAAGAUUCAGAACUCAGAAUCGCAUGCCACUAGUCAGUGCGGUCGAGUCGGCAGAUCGGUCAACAUGCGGCAGCUUUCCAGUUUCGUAGUUUUGCUCUUCGGAUUAAACUUGGCGGCAGCUACACAAGCGCCCUGCAUUGAACUGAACGAUGGCAACAAGAUGCCGAUUGUCGCACUUGGCACGGGCAGAGGCACUGCGAGUGAAAACGCGCCAUUGAACGAGGUACGUCAAGCAGUAUAUUGGGCCAUCGAAGCUGGAUACAGACAUAUAGACACUGCAGCCAUUUACUUUGACGAGACAGAAGUCGGCCAGGGGAUUCAGGAUGCUAUCAAUAACAACCUUGUCACGAGGGAUCAACUCUUUGUUACUACUAAGUUAUGGAGUGACAAACAUCGUCAACAACAAGUGGUACCAGCUCUUAAAGAGUCUCUCCAGAAACUCGGCUUGGACUAUGUUGAUCUUUACUUAAUCCAUUUCCCAAUCGCUGUGAAGGAAGAUGGCAGCUUCGAUGAUGUGGACUACUUGGAGACUUGGAGAGGAAUGGAAGAGGCACGCGCUCUGGGCUUGACCAGGUCCAUCGGUGUGUCCAACUUCAAUGCCAGCCAAGUUGAUCGGAUAAUUACCAACAGCAGGGUUUGGCCAGCUGUCAAUCAAGUUGAGGUUAACCCAACUCUAACCCAAGAGGCGUUAGUCACCCAUUGCCAGGAGCUGGGUGUAGCAGUCAUGGCGUUCAGUCCAUUCGGCUUCGUGGUGUCCAGGAAACGCCCCGAUGCACCUCCUCCGCGAGCUGACGACCCGGUACUGGUGCAAAUGGCUAACAAGUACAAGAAAUCAGUUGGACAGAUUGUUCUCCGAUACCUGAUCGACCGCGGGCUAGUCCCCAUCCCGAAAUCCGUCAACAAGAAGAGACUAGCAGAGAACAUAGACUUAUUCGACUUCAGCCUAACCAAAGAGGAGGUCCAAUUGAUUAACCGAUUCAAUAAAAACAAACGCUCACUUACUCAUACAAUCGUAGUUCCAAUUUCAUUGAUGAACGAUGGCCACCUGAUGCCACGCACAGCCUUCGGUACUUAUAUGCUUGAUGACCGGCCAUACAUGCGCCAAGCAGUCACAUGGGCAAUUGAAGCAGGAUAUAGGCACAUAGACACCGCAGCUCUUUAUACAAGUGAGGACAAGAUCGGUGAGGCCAUCUAUGACCUCAUAAAACAGGGUAUCGUGAAACGGUCAGAACUGUUUAUCACUUCGAAGCUAUCAUUCAAAUUUGGCACCCGUGGGCAGGUCAUACCAGCUAUUCGAGAUAGUUUAAAAAGACUAAAGACAGAUUAUGUGGACCUAUACCUUAUUCAUAUACCGCGUAAUGUGCUAAAUGUGACGAAUUAUGAUUACUUGGAGAUUUGGAAAGGUCUUGAAGAUGCUAAGCGGAUGGGUUUGACGAGAUCUAUUGGUGUUUCGAAUUUCAACAGCACAGAAAUUAAUAAGAUCCUACUUAAUUCUAAAACCCCACCAGCUGUUAGCCAGAUUGAGAUAAAUCCUACCUUCACAAAUCUGGAAUUAGUGGCUUACUGUCAAAGUAAAGGCAUCACUGUAUCUGGAUACGCACCUCUUGGCUUCCUCGUGCCAAGAUCAUUCAAUGUUCAAUCAAUACCGCCCACUUUUGACGAUCCGAUAUUGGUGAGGAUGGCCAAGAAAUACGGUGUAGCAGUUAAUCAGAUUGUUCUGCGGUAUUUGGUUGACCGCAACGUGAUGCCAAUCGUUGCCUCCUUAGACAAGGAUCAUAUUGAAUCGAAUAUAGACAUUUUUAAUUUUACUAUAAGACCAGAAGACAUUCUCUUGAUAAAUGAAUAUAACAGGAAUUUCAAGGUUUACGUUAUUGAUUAUGAUGGACUGGACAAAGCGAUGACCGAUGGAUAUGAAUAUAUCAAGGAUUACGUCAGAGAACACAAUUUGAAACAGUUUGAAAAACUUUUUUUGUAGUUCCGGAUUCCAGUAUCUACAAUCUACA